CAAUCUACUGUCAGUCGUUCAGCGUCAACUGUCAAAGAGCCAAGUGUCACUGUUACAAAGCAAAGUUUGUAUUGUAUCAGAAUCUUGUCUAAUUUAUUUUAUUGUUUUAUUUGUAUUCUUUUGAAUUUAUAAAGUUUAUUCUGUACAAAACAUUUAAGACACCAUGAUCAUUCCAGUUCGUUGUUUCACUUGUGGAAAAGUAAUAGGCAAUAAGUGGGAAGCAUACCUUGGCUUACUGCAAGCAGAGUAUACUGAAGGUGAUGCAUUGGACGCGCUGGGCUUGAAGAGAUACUGCUGUCGUCGAAUGCUGCUCGGUCAUGUGGAUCUUAUUGAGAAACUCCUCAACUAUGCACCAUUAGAAAAAUAAAUUUCUAUAAAAUUAUAUUUAAGUGAUAAAAUGUUAGGUUAUUGAUAAUAAAUUAUAAGUAUUUUAUUCAUCGUUCUAUGUGAUAUUUAAUAAUAAAGCCUGAUUUUAAAUAAAAAAAAA